GUUGGAGACUUUUAUUGAUUCGCGAGCUCAGUUUCGCGGUAACGUUUUCACACUUUUAUCAUAUUUAUUGUAUUAAAAGCACGUCUUCGUUUUCCAAGAGGAAGUUAAUACAGGUUUGCCGCCAUGUGGAUCCAGGUGCGCACUAUGGAUGGCAAGCAGACCCAUCGGGUCGACUCCCUGUCCAAGCUCACCAAGGUGGAUGAGCUGCGUGGGAAGAUAUUGGAACUCUUUAACGUGGAACCGGACAGGCAAAGACUCUUUUACAGAGGCAAACAGAUGGAAGACAGUCACACCCUCUUCGACUAUAACGUGGGCUUGAACGAUAUCGUACAACUGCUAGUGCGACAGAGCGCUCCUUCUGCACCGCUAGCGAAGGAAAAAGAGGCCGAGCUGUCCGACUCUGACUCCGGUUGCGGUUCAGCCCAGAGCGAGUCCGAUAAGUGCUCGACGCACAGCGAGAGCGAAGCUCAGAGCGCCGGAACCGCGGUCCAAACUGACACAGCGGACCUCGUCGACCCGGGCUUUGGGUUUUACAAGAUAAAUGAGUUUGUGGAUGCUCGAGACUUGAACAUGGGAGCUUGGUUUGAGGCACAGAUCGUCAACGUGGCAAAGUCCUCUGGAGAAGGUGGAACUGAUGGAGAAGAGAUAAUUUACCACGUCAAAUAUGAAGAUUACCCAGAGAAUGGCGUAGUGCAGCUACGUGGUAAUGAUGUUCGACCGCGAGCGCGCACCAUUUACCAGUGGCAUCAGCUGGAUCAGGGCAUGAUCGUGAUGGUGAACUUUAACCCUGAUGAGCCCAAGGAGCGUGGCUACUGGUAUGAUGCUGAGAUCCAGAGGAAGAGGGAAACGCGAACCCAACGUGAAGUUUUCGGCAAGAUUCUGCUUGGGGAUGCUGGCGAUUCUCUGAACGACUGUCGUAUAAUGUUCGUGAAUGAAAUCUACAAGAUCGAGGAACCAGGAAGUUCUGAGGGACUCGGAGCCUCUUCCGACAGCCCUCUAAAGAGGGCAAAUGGACCGGAGUGUAAAGUUUGCAAAGACGAUCUGAAGAAGAACUGUCGCACGUGUAAUUGUCACGCGUGUGGCGUGAAGCAGGAUCCUGAUAAACAGCUACUGUGUGACGAAUGUGACAUGGCGUUCCACAUCUACUGCCUGAACCCGCCGCUAACCACCAUCCCAGAAGAUGAGGACUGGUACUGUCCAGAGUGUCGCAAUGAUGCCAGCGAGGUGGUUCUGGCCGGAGAGAAGCUAAAGGAAAGCAAGAAGAAAUCCAAGAUGGCAUCAGCGAGCUCGUCUAGUCAGAGGGACUGGGGGAAGGGUAUGGCGUGUGUGGGCCGCACCAAACUGUGCACCAUCGUCCCAUCCAACCAUUACGGUCCCAUUCCCGGGGUGCCAGUGGGAACUCUGUGGAAGUUUAGAGUGCAGGUGAGUGAAUCUGGAGUUCACAGGCCUCAUGUCGCAGGAAUUCACGGCAGGAGUAAUGAUGGUUCGUAUUCUCUCGUCCUAGCCGGAGGCUAUGAAGACGACGUGGAUGACGGUAAUCAGUUCACAUACACGGGCUCUGGGGGUCGCGAUCUCUCUGGAAACAAGAGAACAGCCGAACAGUCCUGCGAUCAGAAGCUCACCAACAUGAACCGGGCGCUAGCUUUGAACUGCAACGCCGCAGUGAACGAGAAGGAAGGGGCGGAGGCCAAAGACUGGAAGGCGGGGAAACCCGUGCGAGUGGUGCGAAGCUCCAAGGGCCGCAAACACAGCAAGUACUGUCCCGAAGAUGGCAACCGAUACGAUGGAAUUUACAAGGUGGUGAAGUACUGGCCAGAGAAAGGCAAGUCUGGCUUCCUUGUUUGGAGAUACCUACUGAAACGAAACGAUGACGAACCGGCGCCAUGGACGCGUGACGGAAAAGAGCGCAUUAAGAAACUGGGGCUCACCAUGCAGUAUCCUGAGGGUUACCUGGAGGCUGUGGCUGCGAAAGAAAAGGAGAAGGAGAACAAAAAUGAAGAGGACAUCGAAGAAACACCCACCAAGGGCAAGAGGAAGCGGAAAUCUCAGACCGUGGAUGAGAAGAGUUCUCCAGCCAAAGGCACACCCAAGAAGAUGAAGGUGGAGGCGUAUACACUGAGUAAAGAGCAGAAAGCUUUGAUCAAAGAAGAUGAGCUGAAUAAGAAACUGUGGGAUGAAGCCAUGGAGUGUAUCAGUCUCGGACCGCGGUUCCUGAAUAAAGUGGAGGAGGUUUUCCUGUGCAUCUGCUGUCAGGAAGUCGUCUAUCAGCCAAUCACGACAGAGUGCCAACACAACGUCUGCAGGGAAUGCCUUCAGCGAUCUUUCAAAGCCGAUGUCUACACUUGUCCAGCUUGCCGACACGACUUGGGCAAAAACUACCAAAUGGCGGUGAACAAACCCCUUCAAGCUUUCCUCACCCAGCUCUUCCCCGGAUACAGCAGUGGCCGGUGAUGAUACUCCUGCUGUCUGUGAACUACGACGGCAACAAGACGCAAUUCCACAAAUGAAAACAGAUUUCGUUUUUUAAUAUAUUUAAUGUAUGUUAAGACGUUUCGGGUUGUAGGAUUGAUUUGGCCCUGUUUUGUGAUCUGCCUAUUGUCGAUUUUUGUCCGUAGUCGUUUUUCCGAAAUGCAAGCUUUGUGUUUACGAGUAAAGGUGAUUUAUAACGUUUUGGUCAUGUUUUAGUUGUAGUUGCUUUCCUUAAGAUGUAUAAUUACCUUGUAAUUUACACCAGCACGAUGAACUGUAGCUAUGCACAAUUACGAUGUUUGCAAUGUUAAUCUUCCGCUUAAUUAUUUCUCACCAGCAGUAAUUUGUCGUUUUUAUUUCAUGUAACAAAUGUUCGUACGAAUGCACUGGCUCCCAUUAAAACUGACCACUUUUGCGCAGGUUUCCUAUCUUUAAAAUAACAUCCAUCGACGUUUGGCAUUUAAUCAUACUACUGGUUUUGAUAACUAACUUACUAUUAAUUAAAACGAACUGCGGUUAUGCACAAUUCCGACGUCUUUUUGACGAAUUGUUUUUUUUGCCAGCAGUAAUGCAUCAUUAUAACGUUAACAAAUGAUUGCACUUGCUCCUGUUAAAUCCGAUCCCGUUGAUUUCAAGAUCCGAGAAGUAACGGUGACGUUAUAAAUUAAUCUGCGUUUGGCUUUAAAAGCGUUUUUAUUGUAGCACCGUUAUUGAACCGCCGUUAUUGAUAACUAACUAAAUGUAAUCUAUAUGAACUAGUCGUGCCCAAGUAUGGUGUUUUGUGUAUUAUAAUUUUUUUGUUCGUCAUUAAAGACGUUAACAAAUGUUCAUACAAAUGCGUUGGCUCUAAAAUCCCGUUUAGGGUGGCAUUUCUUUUCUAGCUCGGCCUUAUGAGACGUUUUAAUCGUAAUGUCGUUAUUGGUAACUAAAUGCAUUUUAAUCUCAUAGUAAUUUAUGUGAAAACAUUUGAACUUAUCCUAUUUUUUUCCCCUCAUCCAUUUGAAAAGCAACAUUUUGAAUAUGCGCAGAUUAAUCGAUAUACCACCCCUCUUUUUUUGCUGUAUGUGUGUCAUUUUUCCACUAACCCCUGCCGUUAUGCAAAUAGAGGUCAUGCGUAUUAAAUCUAUAGAGUUCUUAUUCAGGAUUUGUUUUUCAGGUUAUAUUUUGCAUUUUUAUAGAUGGAUGAGUUGAUCCUGGAUAAUGUUUUGUACGCACCUGGUCUGCCUUGACUUUGCAACGGUUUUCGAGGUAAAUCCUUGAACCGUUAUUCGCACAAACCCCAACAGUUUCUCAUUCAGGAAGUAUUUAAUGUAUCGUCUUGUCGCCCAAUGAUGUUCUUUGUUUGUUGUGAGUUAUUAUAGUAUUUGCUAAAUAAAUGCCAAUUGCUGCAGGUAAUUGCUUUUAUUAUUGUGUUCAUUUAGUUAUACCUCAACUAUUUCUAAUAUUUGUGUAGACUGGAGCUGUAUAUUCUGAAAUUGAAAUUGUAUAUUUUUAGCACUUGUAUUUAGCCGUUUUUGUAGUGUUUGGUGCAUGGCUAUUUCCUUGCACGAGUGCUAUAUUUUUCAA